AUGAACACGCCCGAGACGGAAGCGCCAGCAAGGAUUGAGUAUGAGCUGUACUCGUGUGUGAGGUGUCGAAAGGCCAAGAAAAAAUGCUCGAAAGAAGUUCCCGUUUGUAAAAACUGCGCGAAAGGAAAUGCGGCGUGUGUUUACCCUGGCAGAGCAGCAAGGCGCACCAAACGAGAAAUGGAAGAAGCAAGAGCGCGUGGCGAGAGUUUGGCAGGCUGGAAGAAAAAACGCACGCCGCUUAGCGAAGAUGGUUCGCUCCCGGAAUACGAAUUUGCAGUGCUAGAUAAGGACAAAUCGACACAUGAAGGAGCCGGAACUUUGGCGUUGCUGGGUGGUGGUGAGAAAGACGCUCCUCACGUGCUGGUAGCAGAGACACUGCCGCAGCUAAAGCAGCAGCGGUCGUCAUCUUCGUCGUUUCUGGGACUCCUUUCGCACGGGCAGGAGAGCCAUCAUCAUCGACAAGGAAGUCACGUGGUGAGCAGUAGCGACGACGGUUUUACGACUCCGCAGGGUCUUUUGGAACAUGAGAUCCAUGGGCCUGAGUCCACGCCCAUUCGGGCAUCGACCAUUCAAAUUGAGACCAUUGCGUCGGUUUUCAAAGGCGGACGCCAAACGCCGCUCGCGUCUUCGACAUCGGACGGACGGAUCAAGGAAAUUGAACGACAACUCUAUGACCGGUUUAUCGCCGCUUACUACAAGCAUAACCAUCGGUCGUACCCGCUACUCAAUAAAAUAGAGUUUUUGAACCGCGUUUCGACGAUUCGGGAUUUUACCAGCAUGGACGGACUUUACGAGGAUACGUUCAUCUUUCAGUUGUACAUGGUAAUGGCGAUCGGGUGCACUACACUACAGCGUGCGGGGUUUAUCAGCAAAGAAGAAGAGUCCCUGAGCGAACAUUUUGCCUAUUUGGCCAUGAAAAAAUUUUGCCCCGUGAUGCAUCUCCAGAACACGGAAACGAUCAAAUGUUUGCUGCUCUUGGGCAUUUACUCGUUUUUCGAGCCUCAGGGCGUGUCGUCGUGGACUCUAAGUGGGAUAAUCAUGCGGUUGACGAUCGGACUCGGUUUGCACAAGGCACUAACAAAAAAAAAAAUACAGAAAAUGUCACUCAUUGAGGUCGAGAUGAGAUACCGUGCGUUCUGGAGUUACUACUGUCUUGAACGACUUGUCGCAACUUCAUUGGGCCGUGUUUCCGCGAUUGACGACGACGACAUUACCGUACCUCUUCCUACGCCGCUUUAUGCAGAAGAAAUCGAUGACAUUGAGGUCACCAAGAUGAUGAUCUCGCUCAGACGGAUGGGCGGGCGGAUUUACAAACAAGUACACAGUGGCCAGGCAAGCAGAAUGAACUUGAGAAUGGAGGACAAACAGGAGAUCAUCAAGAAGCUAAGAGACGAACUCGAUUCGUUGUACGAACAAGAACGAGCCAAGAUUCGGAAAUCAAACGAGUCCGUCUUACAAAAGGGCCAGGCGGCUAGUAUCUCAUUCCAUAGCUCGGACAUAUGGCUGGCGAUGCGAUAUGCACAAUUACAAAUUAUGCUAUACAGGCCGUCGGCAUUGAUACCUAAACCUCCAAUGGAGUCUCUUUCGAUCCUGGGGGAUUUCUGCCUGCAAGCACUGAAGCAGACCUACACACUGUACAAGAAAAAAAUGCAACCUUUGAACUGGAUCACAUUGUUUCGGACUUUAACGAUUUGCAACACGAUGCUAUACUGUCUGUGUCAAUGGAGCAUUGAUCUGAUCGAAAGUAAGAUCGAGAUUCAACAGUGUGUCGAGAUUUUACAGCAUUUUGGUGAAAAAUGGGUUUUCGCGGCCAAAUGCGCAGACGUUUUCCAAACGAUCGGAAACGCCAUUCUCGACAUCAGCUUAAGCAACGGGCAGGUUCCUAACAUGGAUAAGCUGACAAGCGAACUUUUCGGAGCCAGUAACGAGUACCAGGACAUUUUGGACGAGAACGAUCUCGAUAUAUCGUGGGUGGAUCGCUUGCCGUAG